AUGCGGUUAGAGAAGAUAGCGCAGGCGGCAGCGCUCGUGAAAGAGGGUGCCCGAAUCGUGGUCCUCGCCGACUUCGACCACACAUUAUCAAGGCCGGGCUGCCCGAUCACGCAUCGUGUCUUCCCCACAAAUGCCCAUUCGAUGGGGCUGACCCUGGGUGAACAGUUCGAUCGUAUGGACAAGCGCAACACCUUCCCCCUCCAAGCAACCCAUUCGCUCGACGAGAAGAAGCGAAUCUGCACCGAUUGGUGGAACGAAUCGCACAAACACAUCGUCAACGCCGGGUUCUCCAUGCAUAAUUUGCCCACCUACAUCGACCAUGCCAACAUUACGUUGCGGAAAAAUUUCGGCUAUCUCUCGGAUUUGAUCAACGAGAAGCGGCUGCCGUUUGUCGUCGUUUCAGCGGGGAUUGAAGAGGUGAUUCGCGAGAUUCUGCACGACUUCAAAAUAGCUACUCUACAAAUCGCGGCCAAUAAAUUUGUCACGGACAAUGCGGGCAAAAUCGUCGAUUUUGGGCCGACGCUGAUCCACUCGUACAACAAGGACGGGCCGAGAUUUCGGUCUCUUCUAAACGAUCCGACAAUUCUGGAUGGGGAAUAUGUCGUCGUUUUACUUGGCGAUUCGCUUGGAGACCUGAUAAUGCUGGAGGGGAUCAAGCCGAGGCUCGCCUACACCAUCGGCUUUUGCAAUAAGCCGAGCCAACGGAAAGAAUUCGAAGCAGCCUUCGACCUGGUGCUCGAUCGUGAUGCUGGCAUGGAGACGGCCGCCGAAGUACUCCUGGAAAUGCUUGGAAAACGGCCAGUCUCCGAGCAUCUACCAAUUGAACCGCGAAAUUUGCCCUUU